GAUUAAAAUACAUUUAAUUAAACCAUACUAAUGCAAAAUAAUCAACAUGUAAGACUUGCUUAAGAAUUAAACCCUAUACCUUAUGAAGGAUCUGUGUCUUAGGUUGUUUACCCAUAACUUCCUGAUUAAAAUGUUUAAAUUGGUUAACCUAUUCAACCAAUAGUUCCUGGUCAACAAUUUGUUAGAUAAGUAACAUAUUAACCAUAACCAUAUUCCUAAUAACAAUAACAAUAACAAAUUAUUUAUCAUCCAACUGCUAUUUAAUAAGGUAUUAAUCAAAAGUUAUUUAAAGUCUAACCAGUUUAUUCAAAAUAUCCUCACAUCAUAACAUGUGCUUCCUGUUAAAAAUAAGUUUAAACUCAAGUUACAUAUGAAGUAGGAACUGGAGCUUAUGCACUUGGUGGACUUUUAGCAGCUGUUGGUCUUUGGUUAGGGUAUUUCUAUAUUUAAUUAAUAGAUGUUGUCUUAUUCCAUGUUUUGUAUAAGAUUGCAAAGAUGCAGUUCAUUUCUGUCCUGCUUGCUAAGCUAAAAUUGGUAAAAAGAGAUUCUUAUUUGAUUGAUAUAAGAAUAGAAUUAUCAAAAAUUAUAAUAAAACAUUAAC